AUGGAAAUAUUAAUAAAUGAAGUUCAUACAAAUAAAACUAAUACAUUACAAAAAUGUUCAAAGUGUCAAAAGUUUAUGCCCAAGAAUCAAUUUAUUAAUGAAAAAGGUUGUGAUGUUAAAUAUUGUAAUUUGUGUCGUCAACAGUCUUCAAUUUAUUAUAAAAAGUCGCUUGAAAAUAAUGAAAAAGAAACCUUACCUCCUAAAGAGAUGGCCAAAAAACUAUAUAAUGAUAUUAUGAUAAUUGGUUGUGAUGAAAACUUGGAAAAUGAAUCUGCUGGAAUUAACUUCGAAUGUGAUAUUACAUUGGACAAUAUUAAAGAAGCGGAAGAUAGUCCCCAUGAAAUUUCAAGAAAGAUUGCUGAUUUGAUUGGUAAUAGUGACGGAUAUUAUUAUAUAUAUUUAAAUAAUUACCAUUCAAAGAAAACUGCUGAUGCCUUUAUUUACCUUAAGCACAAAACUUUACAUCAACAGCCUGAAAGAAAUCGUGUUACUGACAAAAUCAAAAAUAAAAUUAAGGAAAACCUUCAAUUAGCCCCAAGUGAUAUUUAUAGUAUGAUAGAGCAAGAUUUUCCAGAGAUAUCGCAAAAGCAAAUUCAUGCAUGGUGGACGGUAUUUAUCCAAAAAGAGUUUAUUCGCGAUGAUGAUCAAGUGAAUUCAGCAAAAAUGUUUUUAGAAGAGCAUAAUUUGCAAGUUAUUAUGUUCAAUAAUAGUAAUGGAGUAAAACUUUUGGGUGUUCAAAGACAAGAUAUCUAUCCAUUUAUAUACUUACCAGGCCAACAAACUUCUACACAACCAUCAGUUGGCACAACAUUAUCGUUAAAUGCGUUUAAAGAUAUUACUGCCACUACAAACAAUAAUUCGGAUCAACUUUUUAAAAAUUAUGAAUCAAUGUUGCAAGACGCAUUAUCAAUUGUACAAGAACAACAUGAAAUUAAGAAUGUUAAAUGGGCAAAAUCUGUUGAAAAAAGCUUCAAGGGUAUUAAUAAACUGGUAACGGAUAUCAAGGCGUAUAAAAGAAAAAUAAAGAAUCCAAGAACGUGGAAAGAUCAUAAUCGGCACACUAUGUUUUUGUAG